AGCGGGGCAAAUUGUCAAUUUUAUUUAGAAAUUGCUGAAAAAGUGGAAAUAGAUCAAAAUGUCGUCUCUAGAACCCUCACAAAAUAAAACAUGGGAGCUUUCCCUGUACGAGUUACAUCGUACACCGCAGGAAGUUAUCACAGACGCCACAGAAAUCGCGGUCUCCCCGCGAAGCUUACACAGCGAAUUGAUGUGUCCUAUUUGUUUGGAUAUGCUGAAAAAGACGAUGACUACAAAAGAAUGCCUCCACAGGUUCUGCUCUGACUGCAUAGUUACAGCUCUGCGAUCGGGCAAUAAAGAAUGUCCUACUUGUAGAAAAAAGUUGGUGUCGAAGCGUUCCCUUCGACCCGAUCCUAACUUUGAUUUGUUGAUCUCGAAGAUAUAUCCGAGCCGGGACGAGUAUGAGGCGCACCAGGAGCGGGUUUUGGCCAAGCUUAGCAUGUCGCACUCGCAGGCAUCGCUGGUGAAUUCUAUCACGGAGGGAAUCAAAAUGCAAUCUCAGAACAGGCCGCAAAGGUCGCGUAAGAAUCAUGAGGAGAGUAACGGGGCUACAAACUCUAAUGGGACUCCUGAGAACACUCAGAAUAACGGGAGUAGUACGGCGCCUGUCCCUAAGGAUGGUGCUUCCACAGCGAGUAAUCCGACGCCUCCGGGGCAGUCUACUUCGAAUCCUGCCUCAGUGCGGAGCACGCCAUCGCCCGUGCUGUCUAGUGUCAGUUCCGUGUCAAAAAACACCAGCACCACUAAGAGAGCCAAGUCUAUAUUGACAUCAGAAAGGAGUGAGGAGAGUGAAUCUAGUGAUGGCAGAACUGAAGGAGAAAACUCGAUGGACACAGAAGGCGAAGGAGAGCCAUUACAUCCGAAUGAGAUUGAACUGGUCUUCAAACCACAUCCCACCGAGAUGACUGGAGACAACCAACUGAUGAGAGCUCUAGGUGACAGCUCUGUGCGGUACUUGAAGACUGUUGCUAAUGCAUCAGUUGACCAUCUCAGCAAGUAUUUGGCAAUGCGCCUGACAUUGGAUCUGGAUGCAGAGCUACCAGAAGCAUACCGCCUGCUCAAUUUCUGCAUCUACGUAGCACCCUCGCCAGGACAGUUUGUGCCACUAGCCGGAUCACAGACUUUGAGGCAAAUCAAUGAUAAAUUCUGGAAGGUCAACAAGCCCCUAGAGAUGUACUACUCAUGGAAGAAAACCUAGAAGUGAAUAGCAUUUUAGUUGUGUGACACAUAGCUAAAAUGUUAUCGGAAGUGAUAUAUUUUGAAACAUAUUUUAGGUAUUAAAUGAUGGCGCAAUCUGAAUCAUAUUUUCUAAUUUAAAAAAUACUACAACAAACUGGUAUAUUAUAUUUUUUGUUAGAAAAUGUGUUGUCUGUCAGCCAUGAAGUAUUUUAAAAUAAUGAAAUGAGAUAAAUGGACUCUUUUUAAUGUAUGUAUAGUAGCAUGUGAUAAUAUGCAAUGGAAUUAUUUGAAUUGUCAAAUGUAUUUAUGAUGAAUGGAUUGGUAAUGUAAAGAUGUUAGUUUUUAACUAUAUCAUAUAAUGGUUCUUGUAAUUAAAAUGCAUUUAGAUUUUAA